UCUGAGCUGCCCGCUCUGCUCUGCGCAGCACGGAGGAUACCAGUCCUGGCCCCUCCGGCCCAUGUCCCGGGGGUCUCUGCACCCACUUCCCUCCCCAUGCUGACGAGCUGCCGCUGCUCCCCGCAGCACCUACGGGAGGAUGUGGCUGGAGUCGCAGGUGGCCCUGAAGGAGCUGCUGGCCCAGGAGCUGCCAGCCACACCGCCGCGGCCCGAGCGAGACCGGGCCGCGUUCUCCCAGGGGCUGGCCACCCUGUUCCUGCGCUACGUGCAGGUCGUGCGGCGCCUGGAGACCUGCCACGACCAGAUGCUGCAGCCGCAGAAGCGCCGCAUGCUGCGCCGUGUGCUGGAUGGGGCCCUGGGCCGCGUGCUGGAGCUGAAGGAGGCGCUGGUGCAGCUGGACCGCUCCGAGUACCACUUCAUGGACCACGUGCUGCAGGACCUCAAGCUUACCCCGGCUGACGUGGAGGUGCCCGUCCCCAAGUACUUCCUGCUCGAGCGAGCCCGGGCCCUGAAGGAGCGGCAGCAGGUCCUGGCCGAGAUCCUGGCCCGCAUGGAGCCCAGCCAGCCCCCGCGGGUGACGCCGUCGCGGGACGAGGCGGUACGGCUGGUGCAGCGGGCGGAGCGGCUGCGGCAGGGCCGACUGCGGGCCCGGUUCAUGGGGGACAUCCGGCGGGACGAGGAGCGCGAGCGGUUGGCGCGGGAGAGCGGUGCCAAGGAGCUGGACCGCGAGCAGGCUGCCAUCCGCAUCCAGAAGGUGUGGAAGGGCUGCCUGCAAUGCCGGCGCACGGCUCUGGAGCGGCAGCAGGAGAUGGCCUUCAUCGGCAUGGUGAGACCCCCGCCUGCCCACCCCCCCAGCCCCAUUGUGCUGUGCCCCGUCCCUGUCUCCGACCCAGCAGCCCCGGGGCUCUCGGCCGUGGCACUGCGGGCGCAGCUGGGCGAGGACUUUCGGCGGCUGCGGCAGGCGGACCGCGAGGCCGAGUACCAGCAGGCACUGGCCGGCACGCGGGCGUUGCUGCUGGAGCUCGAGGGGCCCAGCCUGCAGGAGGCCAUGAAGGAGCAGCUGCGCCAGUGGCUCCUCGAGUGCCGGGACCUGACCGGGCACUUCCCAGAGUACCCCGACGAGGAUGUGGGGGGCUCCAGCAUCCUAUUUGCAGAGAAGACCCCUGAGCAGGUGAGAGAAGAGCUGGAGCAGCUGGAGAGAGAAGAGGGGGACAAGAAGAAGAAGAAAAAGAAGAAGAAAGAGGAGAAAGAGAAGGCAAAAAAAGGCAAGAAGAAGGACAAGAAACCGGAGGAAGCUGAAAGUCUAAUGCUGCCUCCCUCCAAAUUCCUGCCCAUCAUCAGCACGGGCUUCAUGCAGUACCAGGCCACCUGGGGAGAGCGGGACGUGGGCAAGCCGGUGCAGCAGGGCUGCAACCUGGAGCUGAUCAAGGCCCAGAUGCGGAAGGAGGUGGAAAAGGAGGUUCGGCUGCAGGUGGACGAGAUGAUGCGCCAGGAGCUGCAGCGGCUGAGGCUGGCCGUGGACCGUGAGGAGACCAGGCCUCUCAAGGCCAAGAAGAGCAGCAAGAAGUUGGGGAAGAAAAGUGGGAAAAAGGAGAAGGACCUGACCCAGGACAGGACCCUGGACUCGCUGUACGAGGAGCUGGUGCUGCAGGGCAUCCUCAAAAAGCCCCAGGCCGUGCCGCUGGCUGACUACACCGGCGACUUCAGCUACCUGGGCAGCACGCUGCGCGCGGCGGGGGCCGAGCCCGCGCCCUCGGUGCUGGACGUCCGGCAGAACGUCGUGCUGUACGCCAUCCUGCGCCUGGGGUCACCCACGGUGCACGAGCUGGCACCACAGGUGAGGUCCCUCCUGCUGGCUGGCCCUGCGGGCACUGGGAAGAAGAUGCUGGUGCACGCCGUGUGCACCGAGACGGGCGCCAACCUCUUCGACCUCUCCCCCGAGAACCUGGUGGACAAGUACCCAGGGAAGGCCGGCCUCAGCCUGCUCAUGCACAUGGUCUUCAAGGUGGCGAGGCUCCUGCAGCCGUCGGUGAUCUGGGUCGGCAACGCGGAGAAGACGUUUUACAAGAAGGUCCCGAAAGAAGAGAAGGAGGCCGAGCCGAAGCGCCUGAGGAAGGAGCUGCCCAAGGCCCUGAAGAUGCUGCGGGUGGACGACCGGGUGCUGCUGCUGGGCACGUCUGACCGGCCCUACGUGGCCGAUGCCAAGGCCCUGUGCAAGGCCUAUGAACGGGUCCUCCUCGUGCCCCGUCCUGACUACACCUCCCGCUAUGUGACCUGGCAGCGCCUGAUCCAGAAGCACGGUGGCACCGUGGGCCGUGGCCUGGACCUCAGCGCCCUGGCCACUGUCUCGGAUGGCUACAGCCAGGGGCCCAUGGCGCAGGUGGUGCGGGCGGUGCUGACCGAGCGGCGCAUCCUGCAGCUGCCCAGGAGGCCGCUGCGUGCCGAGGAGUUCCUGCAGCUGCUGCCCAAGGCUGACCCGGUCUACCCUGAGGAGGAGAAGACGCUCCAGGACUGGUACCUGAAGACGCCCCUGGGUAAGAGGUGGCUCAAGGCCACGGAAGAGCAGGUGGAAGGGAAGGAGAUGCAAGGGAAGAAGAAGAAGGGGAGGAAGUAGAGCUGGCUGGAAGCGGGGAGCUGGCAGCACCCCUGGCUGGGGCAGCCUCAUAAAGCCAACUUGACCUCAGCCCUUCCCUCCUGAGCCUUGCGAGGGGCUUGGUGCAGGUGUGUACACCUGUGGGUCCACGUGCAGGGAGUGCAUGUGUGCAUGUGUGUGGGCACAUGCUUGGGGAACAUGUACAUGUGCAGGUGAGUCUGGAAAGGGCUUUGUGCGUGGGUCUGGCCCGAGGCCAGCACACCUGCUUGUCUGAAGAGAAGGGUGGCAUGUGUGUAGGUGUGUGUGCUUGUCCAGGGCACGCUAGGGUGUGGAUCCAUGUGUCACAGAGGUGUGCACAGCUGGGGAGGAGGGUGUCACAGAGGGGUGAGUGCAUGUCCACGUGUGUUCAGUUGCAGCUGGAGGGAACCAGAGCGGUGACACCUAGCCCUGCUGUGCACGCUGGCUGGGAGCACACAGGUGGCCUGGGGGCCCUUGCAGUGCCCGUUUGGUCUCAGGGUGGAGGGGUGCUCAUAGUCUGGCUGUUACAGCCGGAGAACAAUGCCUGGCACCGAGGGAGCUUUGGGGCUGUCGCGGGGCAGGUGCCAGCUCCUUGCACCUC